ACUAUGCAUGUCUGCCUGCCAUAGAAGCUGUGCGUUAUAAUUACUAUGACUGUUAGAUAUGACACUUUCUUGUUUUUGUGACAUUAAAGCUGUUAAAGGUGCGGCAUAGAGAAAAGGACCAAACAGCACAGGACGCUCAGUACUGUUGGCAUGGAAGACCUUUCAAGAUAUUUGGGCUUCAACAAGACCUUGGCUCUAAUAUGCUGGUUCAUCUUUAUAUUCUUGCAAGCAGAUGGGACGAGAAUCUGCAAGACGGCUGGCAGCCCAGUGACCCUGAACUGCAGCAAUAACUUAAUUAUCAGCUUCACUCAAUUGACAUGGAAAAGGAAUGGGGAUAAUCUGUUCACUUUCAGGUCAGAUGGAACCUCAAACAGCAGCUGUGUAACCUUAAACAGCAGCCAGAAAGCCUCAAACAUCAGAUGUGUAAGGUCCCAUGCAGCUGCCAUACUGAACCUGAACAUGUCCACCUCAGAGAGCCAACUGUAUGCACUAAUCAUAGAGAGUGCCCAGAAAACUCACACAGGAAACUACAGUUGUGAAACCUCCAUGAUUGAAGGAAUUUUGGAGCAAAAAUGGGAGCUUAUAAUUGAUGAUGAUGAUGAAGAAUCUGAAAAUCCUUUUAAAAUCCAUAUUUCUGCAGCAGUUAUUAUACCUUGUGUGUGUUUCCUGAUCUUCAUUAUUACCGUGUUGAUCAUUCUGACAGGAGUCUGCAAACGAUGUUCGCAAAAUACCAAAUCUCCCUCUGUAAUAAAGGGCCAGCAAGAAGAUAUUUAUGAAAACACCUUGGAACUUGAAGCUCACCACCGACGUAGCCAAAUUCAGGUUCAACCUUACAAAUACAGGGCUGAGUGACACGAAUCACGUACAGUAGAUGAAGACAUCAAUUCUUUUUAUAUCUUGGCUCUCCGGUUAAAUGUACUUAAAGCUACAUUUCUUGGCUACUUAAACACCUGUCAUAAUGUGUAAUCACAACAGUUGCCACAUGUCAGUUUGUGGAGCUCUUAAAGUACUGAGUGAAAUAAACCUUUACCUGCUGGAUGCAUGCUUACACAUUCAUUUGUAACUGUGCAAUCACAACUUACAGAAUGUCAUCUUAGGCUGCUCGCUUAGUAAAGUGAACACGUUACAGCUUCACUGAAAGAAAGAGGGCUGUCUGACUCAGGGUGUGUGUGUGUGUGUGUGUGUGUGUUUGUGUGUGUGUGUGUGUAUGUGUGGGUGUGGGUGUGUCUUUUUUGAGCAGUUGACUGCUGAGAAAGUUGACUUUUAUUUGAAAUUCUUAAAAUGUGACCUUCCUGAA